UGGAGGGGCGCCCCGAGAGCAGCUCCCUGACCUCCGACUGGACUCUUGAGGAAACCGAGACCCAGUCGGGGGAGAACUUGCCCGAGGUCGCUGUGGUAGAGUCAGGAUUGGAUAACGAGGUGGGGUCUCACUAUGAGAAGGAAACACUUAACAAAGCUGGAUUUGCAAACAAAAGAGAUGAGCGAACUCCAUGCUGCUUUUCAGGACAACUUUGCUGCAUGUGUGAAGAUAAGCCAUCAAUUUACAUACCAAGGUGAAAUUCGACAGAACUGUUUAGGGUAAAGACCUUGAGGCCCACGAAGAAUUUCCUUGUGGGUAAAUUAUGAGAAAGGUGGCUGCCUUUCCAAUGUCCCCAGAACGGUUGGUGACAAUUCAAUAAUGAUUCUUCCUUAAUGGUAUGAAGAGAGGAAUUGUAAAAUUGUGAGGAAACUUGCCAUGAUCAUCCAAGAAUUUAAAAUAUCCAUUUGAAGUCUGGGAAAUGGAGCCAGGAAGCACAUUGCGGAUGGGCACUCCUGGAAGUGAUAGCAUCUCUGCGUACCUAGAAGGAGAAGAGCUUUGCAAUUAUUUUCUAUGAACCAUCUGACAGGGAUGUAUCAAGAACUGCUUCUUUCAGUGAAGGAGACAGCCUGGUUUCAGAGGAAAUACAUUUACAGUGUUUCUUUGCUUUUAGACAUCCAGCAAAAGAGGUAUGUUGUACUCAAUCUUUGUAUUUCUCUUUCUCUUUUGUUUUUCUUUCAUCAUUUUCAUUUUGAGAAUAAGUAUGUUUGGAGCCUCCCCUGUAUCCCAGACAUCAUGCUGAAUCAGAUCUAGCUGUGGCUUCCGAGCCACUCUGGCCUAGAAGGGGGCUGUGACUUUGUGACUGUGUGCCCAAUACCUGGCACAUAGUCGGCUCCCAAUGAUAGCUAAUGUUCACUGAGUGCUUACUGUCUGUCAGGCACCCUGCUAAGUAUUCUAUGUCUACUAGCUCAUUUCAGCCCCACUGUCCAUAAGGUUGGUAUAGCUUGUCUUAGAUAAAACUGAGGCUCAGAGAGGUGAACAAUGAAACUUGCCUGAGGUUACACAGCUGAGAAAUGAUGGAGUUGGCCCUCAAGUCCACACUUGGAACCACUGCACCUAUUUCUCCAUAAGUGUGUGUUAAAUGAACAAAUAAACAUAUGACAUAAAAGGAUGUAGGUCAAGCCCAGACAGAAGAUUGCAUCAUGGCAAUGAGAAGAUACUUCAUGGCAGAUUCUGCUUGAGGCAGGACUUAAUGAACAAGAGCGAUGCCGAUCAGUAGAGGUGGGAGGAGCCGCUCCAGGCAGGAGUGAAGAGGUCAGGGUUGGCAAACACAAAUGGCCUGAGUUUGUCAGUUAUGGUGUCUGUUCACUGCCUCCAUGACUCUCUCCCACUCCACCAUGGCUGAUUCGAUCUGGGGUGUUAUGGACCAAACCGUGUCUGCCUCCCAAAUUCCUGUGUUGAAGCCCUAACUCCCAGUACCUUAGAAUGUAACUGUAUUUGGAGAUAGGACAUUUAUAGAGGUAAUUACAUCAAAAUGAAGCUUUAUCCUCAAAAUAAAGGAUGGACCAUGUGGUGCUUGCAAGUCCUCUACAUUCUGUGCUGUGUCUGCUAUGGUAACACCAGCUGCUAGAACAAAUAAGCCCCACUCUUCACCAGCUUAUUGCAAUAGAACUUUGCUUCUUGCUCAUGCACUAGUCUGUGAGAGGACAGCCUGUGUAGAAGACAGUUUUGUCUGCAUGGUGAUUCAUGUACCCAGAUGCCUUCCAUCCUGUGAUUCUAUAUCCUUUAGAGCCUUAGAGUCCAACCAACAGAUGGGGAAGGAGAAGGUGGGAAAGACACGCUUGUUCCUUGGCCAUCUUGGCAUAGAAGUGACACACAUCACUUCGGCUCACACUCCACGGGUGAGACCUAGUCCAUGUCUGUCCCUAGAUGCCAGGGUGGCUGGGGAGUAUGGCCUGGGAUGAAAAUAUCCUUACUUUAUGGAAAGGGAGCAGGAACACCUGGUGGACAGCUAGCGGGUCCACCAUGUGGUUGGAAUUCAGUUCUGAACUUGUCUCCAGCCUCUUCUCCCCACAAAUGGGCUGCCUUGUUUCCAGGAGAAUCUAGGAGCCAGUGUUCCUAGUGUAUUGCCUUAAGGCAGAGUCCUAGUUUAUUGCCUGUAAUAAUUUUUACACCUGACCAAAGGGGCCAUGGCUGCUCGGCAAAGCUCCGACAGCUCAGGGGGAUGGUGCCCACAGCAGGAGCUUGAAAGGGCCAGCAAGAGCCCAGGAGAGAGGAAAUAGGAGUGUAAGUCCUACGUCUGCAGCAUGAGAAGGGGAGCUGAAUAGUCAGCAGUGUUCUGGAAUGAGGAAGCAGGCUGCCUGCUUGCUUUCAUUUCUUAGGUAAAUAUUUGCUAGAAGUUUGCCUUUUCUCUGAGUUUUUCGGUGCUGUGACGAGAACUGGGCAGAACAUCAGCUCAUCAGAAGCAGUGACAUCCAAGAGCCCUGAGAAACCCGAAGAACAAUUGAGAGAAGCCUCCUUUGCCAACGCGUUGCCCACCAGGGCUGCACGUGGUACCCCCACUCCCAGAUGCUUUCCAAAAACACCAGGACCAGGCAGUUAAAUGGCACCUGUACCAGCUCGGUGGACAUGGAGCUCUUCCUUCAUUACUCCCUCAUCCCAUCACUCUUCAUCAUUUUGAUCUUGUCCUUCCUCCAAAGACGAGAGCAUCGUAGACAGAGAGAUGAUACCUCUUACCUGCUGGGGAACCGCUUUGGCAUUAUCAUGCCUCUGGACUUCGUGGGCACUUUCAGUAACCGAUGGUCCUAUGGAAUCGCCUUUGGGGCCACAGCUAAUAAGGUCAUGUUUUUGUUCUCAGAAGGCUACCAGCCCCUGCAGAUCCCGCAGUGGGCCCGAGCCUUUGAGCUUCUGAUUGGAGGCAUUGAAGUCGGCCUGUCCCACUUCCCCUUCUUUGCCUGCCUCUCGUCGGAGUUCCAGCUGGUCAGCUCCAUCCUGGGCUUCUGCUACUCUCUGAUCUGGUUUGCUGUCACCGUUCUUCAAGUUUCACAGUGUCCCCACGGGCAGUUUGUGGGGAAGUAUGAGACUCUCAUGUUUUACUGGCCCUCGCUGCUGUGCCUCGCCUUCCUGCUGGGCCGCUUCCUGCAUAUGUUUGUCAAGGCUCUGAGGGUGCACCUCGGCUGGGAGUUCCAGGUGGAAGAAAAGUCUGUCCUGGAAACGCACCAGGCAGAGCACGUCAAGCAGCUCCUGAGGACACCCCGCCCUCAAGAGAAAAAAAAGUCUUGGUUCCAAACCAGGAUAUAUGAAUGGGAUCCCUGCUUUCAAUUUCCAAGCAGAAUGAUUGGAACCAUUGUGUUGGCAUUCAUCUGCCUGUAUCUUUUCAUUGUCAUCGAGUUCUGCGUGUUUGUGUAUGUGAGAGAUGAGUUGGACGUGUUUGAAAACAAGCUGGAGAGCUACAUCACCUUCACGAACCAUUCAGGGGUCCUGACCCCAGUCAUCCUGCAGGUGAAAGAGCUGAUCAGCGUCACCAAAGCUUUAAAAUAGCUACCCACUUGCCAAGAGAAACUUUCAAGCUGACCAUACUUCACCUUUGUCUGGGAAGAUAAAGGCAUUAAAUUAAAUGCAUAAGGUGUUCGUGCUGUUAGCUGGAGCAACUCUACACUCACCCUUCUUGUAGCCAGACUCGUCUCAUCCUUCCCCUCCAAACACGUUUUCCUCUGCAUCCUCUGGGGUGGGAUUUAUGGCAGUUUUGGGAUUGGUUAAGAUUUGGAAUAUAGCAAUUGCCUAGUCCUAGUGAUCCUGGGACAAGGACAAGAACACAUUUGGAACUUGAAAGGAAAGGAAAUCUGCUUUCAUUUUCUUUCUUUUUAAGAAACUUUUUUUUUUCCCCCAGAGAGGGUAUCACUGUGUCAUUCAGGCUUAGACUCAUGAUUAUGGCUCACUGCAGCCUCAACCUCCCAGGCUCGGGCAAU